AUUGUUGACAGCAGCCCAGCCCAGCUACUGUUUGUUACACGUCUCUAAAGCAACCACAGGUUGCAGGACAAACAUAAAGACACUGUAACCUGACCACUGGUCUCAAGGGCAAGCAAACAUCCACCUGGAUACGCCAGAACUCUCAGCACUGCAGAGCGAAGCUGCUAGGUACGAAGUCCCUCCUUUGCCCCUCUAUCACCAUGGACUACUCCCUGAAAGUGACCCGACACAAGGAGAGCGUGCUGAGGGCCCUGCGGAGCAUGCAGUCCAAAUCCGAGAGCACCCUACAGCGUGCUGCCCCCCUGCUCAGCUUCCAGAGCGGCAUGGGCAUGGUGACCAGGGAAGACGUGCAAAAACUGUGCCAGACCAACGCCCGUCUGUGCCAGGAUCUGGAUGACCUGACGAACCGGCUAAAAAUGCAGCAGAACCAGUUAGUGGGCAGGCUGGCCGAGGGAGUCCGGGCACCCAGAGGGGUACACGUCUCAUCAGACAGCACCAUCUACCUGACCAGUGGAGAUCUAGCCCAGGUCAGCGUCCUCAACAGCUCGGGGCACUUCCUUCAGUCCCUGGAAUGCCAGAGCGAAAGCCAGCUCUUUCUGCCCGAAGACGUCACCUUAACCCGGGCGGGGAUGGUGGCUGUGACCGAUCUGGCAGCUGGGGACGUGAAAGUCUUCAACACGCACUCGAAGUUCGGUAAGGGGGAAUGGAUCAGCCUAGGAGAGUUCACUUCUCCCCGAGGCGUGGCGGUGGACUGUCUAGGCAGGCUUCUGGUGGCUGAUUACGAGCCAGGAAAGAUGCACAUCUUUGGGUUAGAUCCUUCUUUCAAGCUCCUGAGUGCCCACUGUGUGUCAGGACUCCCCGGCCCUCGUUACGUCUGUCCAGGGCCAGAUGGAGGGCUGGUGGUCAGCGAGGAGUGUGGCGAUGUUAAGCUGUAUGGCCCCGGUAGCAAGCUGGUUCUUUCCUUCAGUGAGAAAUACAACCACUGCUUUGGGAACCCGGCUGGCGUGUGCUUCGACACCGAGGGAAAUGUUUUUGUGGCGGACGAGCAGGAUCGUUGUAUCUUUCUCUUCCCCCCCAGCGGCCCCCCACUUCCUGUGGUCACCCAGGGUCUGAAGAAGCCCGCUGGCCUGGCCUGCUGCAGCCGCGGACAGCUUUUCGUCGCCGACACUGCGGACGAUUGCGUUAAGGUGUUCCGCUAUCGAGGGAAGCCACGCCACGGGAAAGGGCUUGCCUCCCUCAACUCCAACCAGUAACUAGUUUCCUUUGUGUAUUGAAGACAGGAAGUAACUAUCUGGUGCAUUACCUUUGGUCUGGUGUAAAUGCUGUGGAUGUGCAGCACUGGCACAAAUGAUAUUACUGGUUAAAUGCAGUUCUUGACCAGCAGGUGGCAGCAGAAUAUACGCUAUCAUUGUCAUUCAAAGCUACCAACCAAGCAAUGCCAUAAAUAGACAUAGAGCUGUAGUUUCAAUAAUAAUGAAAAUGAUUUCUAUAUAUCUCUUUAAUUUCAUUAUCCUUAAUCUUUACAAUAUAUUUUAAACAUAAUUAAGCAGUAUAUGGGAUAUAUAGGGCAUGGAACUCCAGAUUGGAGAAAUAUAUACUUACACACACAUACAUAUACACAUUCCAUAUAAAAUAAAUAUCUUUAGGAUAUGAUCAGAAUUAUUAUAUAUUCUGUACAAUUAAAAUAUGUUUAAAUGCACAGUAGCAUGCACAUUUUAUUUGAACACCUAGAGAUUUGUCAUUUAUAUCAUUUAUAUACCCGCCUGCAUGAGAAUUUCAAUUUUUAGUCAGUAAUCAGAAACAGGCACUCGUGUGAAAAUGUUAGAUCACUUUGUGCUUUAAUUACGCAUCUUAAACAACUUCUAAAAAGUCUCAUGCAUUUCACCAUUUGGGCUUUGUGUUCCUUUUCUCUUACUAUUUUAAAUGUAUUUCUUGCGUGGCCUAUUAAAGUCAUCAAUUAAAUUAUACAAUCACUACUUUCCCUAUUUUUGAUAUAUUUUAUAUCAGGUGUCGGGACUCUAAACUGGCAACAAAAAGGGCAAGGCCAAAGUGGCCUUCAGUUCAAUACAUUUGUAGAGGGCACCAAGGGCAUUAAGGUGUAGGGUGCUGUGUAAUUUUGCUUAGGAUUCAUAUAUAAAGCUAAUUACUGGCCACAGAAAGAAACAGCACAGUUUAACUUAAUAAUAGCAAUGUAUUUAUUCAGAGAAAUGCUGUUUUUUUUAUUGUUGACCAGCAGCCUACAGAUGUGGCCAAAACUUUUGCAUCACCAAGAAUUUUAGUAUUGAGAAAAUUUAAACUCAUUGUGCUUCAGUAUUUCAUGUUAGGUUUCAAAAUGUCACAUUUUUAUGAACCACAAUGAGUUCAUUCUAUAGGGUGAUGCAAAACAUUUGACCACAGCUGUAGAUUGGAGCCCGUGAAGACACAGCUCCCUGGGCUGAAGCUAGGCAUUGGCCUGUUUUUGUAUAUAUUCUACUCAGUUCAACAUAAACUAAACUCAGAAAUCUCAAGAAAUGCCGAGGUGCUGUGUUGCAUUUAUUCAGGGUGCGAG